AUUUGCCUAAUUAGUACUUUCCAUAAACACUUACAUUAUGAGAAGAUUUGAACACCAUAUAAGUGAAAAAUAUAGUCAAGGAUCUUCUAAUAAUAUACUUGACAAUACAGUCCAACUAAACAGUGGGCUAUUGCAUAAUAAGGACUUACCUUUAAGUGAUCCUUUUGCUAUAUCUACAAUUACAGAUUGGAGUAAUGAAAAGUCAAUAUAUAACGAAAGAUCCGAGGAUAAUAAUACAGAACUUUCGAGUUGGGGAAGUAUUAAGCGAGACCCAAACUACACUUUUUCUACAGAUCGAAAUGGCAUACAUAAAUCCAGCCUUAGUACAACAAUAGCAGGAACUCAAAACCCGCAGUUUAAUGCUCCGUUUGAAGGAGCUAUUGAUGCAACUUCUCAAUUUGUAAUGGGUUUUGUUGCUAACAAGGUAAAAGAGACAACUGGAGUAGAUUCGGAACAAAUAAGUCAAUUACAAUUGUGGUUUCCAAAUACUAUAGCUCUUUUAAGACGUCAUUUUGCUGUUAGUCAUGAAUAUGUAGCGAGGAAACUAUUUCUACUUGUAUGUCCUUUUGCUGCUCUUGCAACGAGACAAGGGCGUGAGCACAUAUUUUCAGCAUCGUCAAUAUCACCUCAAAGUGACUCCCAAGAAUGUUCUUACCUGCCAACCCUAUUCCCUGAUUUGUAUAUUCCCCUGAUGAGUCUAAUAACAUAUAUUUUGGCAGUAGGAGUGAUCCAUGGUGCUUAUGGACACUUCCAUCCACAGUUACUUGGCUCAACUGCAACUUUUGCAAGUGCCUUAAUGUUUGCUGAAGUCACUCUAAUUCAAUUCUGUUCAUAUAUAUUUUCUGGAAGGAUACAAUCAAUUUUAGAAAUUAUAAGUGCUUUGGGAUAUAAAUAUGUGUCUACAGUAUUAUGCUACAUUAUAAUAUUAAUAACUGGAGGUAUAAAGUCCAAUUUAUUUUGGAUUGCAAGUUUAUAUUUGUCAAUAUCAACGGUAAUCGUUAUAUAUCUUACUCUAAGUUAUAUUAUGAAAUCAGAAUUAUAUGCGCAGUAUAAUGCUGCAUAUCAGAAAUCUGGUUCUAACAUAGUAUUAUAUGUGGCUUCCAUAAUACAGAUCCCCAUAUUAUGGUCACUUCUCCCUUCUAUUUAAAUGUGUCAACUGAACAAUAAAUAUAGAUUUCUAAACUAUCUAUAACUGCAU